AUGGUCCAAAUCCGCAAUACGGUGGCCCUCAUCACGGCCUUUUUGGCUGCGAACCCAGUGUCGGCUCAUGCAGGACACAGCCUUGAGCAUGAGAUCGCUGCGCGUGCUGCUUACCUCAAGCAUGCUCCGCGGGACCUGUCUCACUGCGCCGAGAAGCUGAAGGCUCGUGGAGUCGAGCAGCGUGCCAUUGAGCGCCGCAGCGCGAAGGUGCAGGCGCUGAAGGCCGAGGUUGCAGCCAAGAAAAAGGCCAAGCGUGCCAUUGCCGCCGCUUCUACCCCCUCUGGCGGUGCUAUGCCCACUCCUAGCGGUGGUGCUGGUGGUGGCGCUCCUGGCGACGACACCACCCUCACCGACUGGGGCGCGCAGGUGGCUAACACUAGCCACCUGUCCAACUUGACGGUGACCCCUGACAUGGCUGGUGUUGAGGACUUGAUUUUCCAAAACACUUCUUGCGUCCUGAGCCCUGAGGGCGAGAUUGGACCUUACUAUGUUCUCGGCGAGCUGAUCCGCGAGGAUAUUACUGAUGAUGAGCCUGGUGUCCCCGUCGCCAUCGACGGCCAGUUCAUCGACAUAAACACCUGCGAGCCGAUCACGGAGCUGUACUGGGAUUUGUGGCACUGCAACGCUACUGGCGUGUAUGCCGGUGUUGUCGGGUCGGGCAACGGCAACGAGGAGGACACGGCCAACCUGAACAGGACCUUCCUCCGCGGCAUCGCGAAGACGGACGAAGAGGGUGUUGCCAGCUUCAAGACGAUCUUCCCGGGUCACUACUCGGGUCGCGCGACGCACAUCCACGUCGUGACGCACACCGGAGCGUCGGAGCUGGCCAACGGCACGCUUACCGGCGGCAACGUCACGCACAUCGGACAGCUGUUCUUCGACCAAGCCCUCAUCUCGGAGAUCAACGCGAACGUUUCGCCCUACACUGAGAACACGAUCGACAUUGUGGAGAAUGCGGAUGAUAGGGUGUUCAUGGUGGAGACGGAGACGGAGAGCGACCCGGUCUUCGACUAUGUCUUGCUGGGCGACGAUGUCGAGGAUGGAGUCUUCGCGUGGAUUUCUAUGGGCGUUGACUUGAGCCAGAACUACGAGACGAGCUGGGCCUCCGUCUACGGCGAGAAUGGCGGCACCGAGGCGUAG